CUUUGUUUUGUUGAUGUUCGUGACUUUUUUAUUGCAAAGGAAAUGAAAGAGAAAAAAGUGAAUAAGUUGAAACAUCUAUGUCACGUCACCCCCCUGCAACGGAUCAACUGUGGUCGAUCCGCUGUGGUCAAGCUUUGACUACUACAGCGAUCGAUUGACCAGGCAAAAGUAUAGAAGAAAGAUUAGGCAGAACGUAGAACGAUAGAACCAAAACAAACCGAAGUUGAUAAACAGGCAUUGAAAUCAAAUAGUGCAAAUCAUGUUGAAAAGUCGUCAGCUGAAUUCCUUAUUUUAAAAUUCUAAAAAUCUAGUAUCUAAGCCUAUAAAUAGUUAAAAUUCAAACUUACUCUAAAAUACUUGUCACUUAGUGGUAUAUCGUGCAAUAUUGGCCUUAAUUCUAUAGUACGAAGGUUUGCUCAACAUACACCACGUAAUAUUUAGACAAGAAACUAUAAUUGAAAUCCUUGAAUAGUUUGUAAGUAUAUCUUGUUGUAACUAAAAGUUGUAUACCUAAGAAUUCUUAAACCUACAGUGCACAUACAAGCUGUAGUAAGCCCGAUCUGGUGCGAUAGGACCCUACCGUUUGAAGGUCACCAAAAAUUGUAAGUUGGGCCACAAUAUUGUUUGUAGUGUACUAAUAAAGUUCAUUAGCUUUUAGCUUACCUACCACACACGAACGCGGUUUGCUCAAGAGAGUUUGGGAAACUUUCCACCCCCACAACAUUCUAAAAGAAUUUUUGUACGUGGGUAUUCAGGAUGGAUGGACAUCACAGCCGGUCGGAGUUUACAUGCAAGUCAUGCCAGCGUCCGAACUCAUCCGACGCCCACAUGAUCGUUUGCGAUCGAUGCCGACUGUGGGAGCACUUUGACUGCGCUGGUGUGAUUGGAUCGACACAGAGUCGGCCGUAUAUCUGCAAGCAGUGCCACGGCAAAAAUGCAGCAAACUCGAAUAUUUCAUCACGGUUGCGUUCGCAAUCGAGACAAGUACCGUCGGGUAAUGCAUCGGGCAGCAAACCUCCCUCGCACAUAGGGAGCAAGGUUUCGUCGAUGGCAUCGAGCAAUCGCUCGUCGAUCAUGAAGGCGCAAUUGGAACUAAUCGAAGAAGAGGCGAAGAUGAAACAGAAAGAGCUAGAGGAAGAAGAAGAAUUGAAGAAGCUGGAACAUGAAGAAGCCCAGAGACAGUUGGAAGAAAAGAGGAAGCAGAUGGAAGAGCAGAAGAAGUUGGCUGAAGAAGAAUCACUUUUGCGGCAGCGUAAAUUGGAAGCUGACAAGGCGCGCCUGCUGAAACAGCAGCUAAUACGCAGAGAAUCGCUGGAGAAGAAAAACGAAGUGAUCCUGCAAAUUUCCGAACGUGGUAGCGUGGUCGAAUCUACAACAAGUUCCCGAGAGAAGGUUGCGAAUUGGUUAGCUGUGAACUUACCACACGGGACGCCCGAAAGAAAUACGCUUGGAAAACUUAACAAUCCCCAAGCCGAUUUAGUUUCUUCGGCCCUAAAUGAAGCUUCGCCCAUCGAUGUACCAGGAGGAACGGAGAUCCCUUCCACAGCACAACCUCUACGUCAAGUAUCCGUAGAAGCUCGUCACCCACCUCCGCCGUCUCCUUCCGGUUUGCCGAUCGUUUGCUCCGCUGCCAAUCUGAAUUUGCCUCAAGCAAGUUACCGUGCCAGAUGUCAGGAAAUUCGUUCUUCCACAGUCCGUGAGCCUUUCCAGCAGUUUGUGACCGCUUCAAGACCUCUACUAGCGAUUCCCCCAGUAGUUCACCCAGAUGCUCCGGUGUUUAAUCAUUCUUGCACUUCUAAUGAUGUCGGAUAUGAUCGGCAUCAACCGAUACGUCAUCGGCAUGCACCAGCAUGGACUACUUCGGUGCAGUACGAUGCUGUUCCAAAUCCUUCUGCAGCACACCAAUCACCACAGCCCCUUCCGGCCCGUCACGACAUGUUCACGGAGCCGGUCCAGCAUUUCCCGGAAUCAGCGGCAAAUCAUUCUCCAGCACCCCGACCGAUGAAUCUUCUAGAGCAUAUCGAGCAACCAGGGGUCCUCAGCUCGCAGCAAAUAGCCGCGAGACAGGUCGUCGGUAAAGAUCUGCCACCCUUCGGUGGAAACCCAGCUGAUUGGCCGAUGUUCAUCAGCAGUUUCGAGCAGUCCACAGUAGCGUGCGGGUUUUCUAAUGCUGAAAAUCUUGUUCGGCUACAGAGGUGCCUCACCGGACACGCGCGAGAUGCAGUACGCAGCAGACUUUUGCUUCCUGCUAACGUACCGCAAGUGAUCAACACACUUCGCACAUUGUACGGCCGUCCGGAACUGCUCAUCCGGUCCCUACACGAGACGAUUCGACGAACUCCUGGGCCCAGACAUGAUCGUCCGGAAUCAAUUCUGGAGUUUGGUUUAGCGGUACAAAAUUUCGUUGACCACCUUCAAGCCGCGAACCAAGAGGAGCAUCUGGCCAACCCAAUGCUCAUGCAGGAGCUAGUCGAGAAGCUGCCAGGGCCCAUGAGGAUGGACUGGGCCACGUUCAAAAACCUACAACCACGAGCCACUGUCCUAACGUUCGGAGAAUUCAUGGGCAAGCUAGUCACCGCGGCAAGCGAAGUGAGUUUCGAACUUCCGGGCUUCCAAAAGGAGUUGAACAGCGAAAAGCAGCAGCGUCUCCGAGAAAAAGCAAGGAUUCAGGCUCACGCAACCGAAAGUGCUCCGUCACUCACAUCUACAACAGAAAGCACACGCAAACCCCCAAAAACGUGUCGCAUCUGUGAACGUGAGGGCCACCGAGUUGCUGAAUGUUCGGAGUUCAAGCACCUAAACAUGGAGGAUCGAUGGAAGGAGGUACAUGACAAGGGCCUCUGCCGGACUUGCCUCAACAACCAUGGCAAAUGGCCGUGUAAGUCGUGGCAGGGGUGCGGAUUUGCAGGAUGUCGACUCAAACACCAUACCCUUCUACACUCUUCGUCUGCUCCCGUUACAUCCACUCAUUCUGUGAAUGUGUCAUCGGGGAGCCCCCUGGGAGGACACACGCUCUUUCGGGUUCUGCCUGUCGUACUCUAUGGAAACGGCAAAAGCCUUACUGUUUUUGCUUUCAUUGACGAGGGUUCACAAAUCACGAUGUUGGAAGAGAAAGUUGCCAAGGAACUUGACCUUUCUGGACCUAGGAAACCGCUUACUCUGCAGUGGACAGGAAACGUGAAGCGCAAUGAAUUGCGAUCUGAAGAAGUUAGCCUUAAAAUAUCGGGAAAGUACAGUGAUAAUCGCUACGAUCUCCACCAGGCGCGCACUGUAAGCCGUCUACUUCUGCCGGCACAGCGUUUCAACUACCAAGAGAUGGCUGCGCGUUUCCCUCAUCUCAAAGGACUUCCCAUAGAAGAUCACGAUGUAGUCCAACCGAAGUUGCUGAUAGGCCUAGAUAAUCUGCGUCUCGGCGUUCCUCUCAAGCUGCGUGAAGGAGGACCGUUCGACCCAAUAGCCGCCAAGUGUCGACUAGGUUGGGGAGUCUACGGUCGUGCAUCAACGGAACCAAUUGCUAGGGCGUCUGUAAACUUCCACACUUCAGCAGCCUCAAGUUCGGACGAUCUUCUGAACGAGCAGCUGCGUGACUUUUUUACAUUGGAGAACAGCGGAGUCGUCAGUGCAAACGAGAAGCUUGAGUCUGACGAGGAGAAACGAGCGAGGAAACUACUGGAGAACACAACAAAACGUACAGCUCACGGGUUUGAAACUGGGCUUCUGUGGAAAAUCGACGAUCCGAGUUUUCCAGAGACAUAUCCGAUGGCUAUCCGACGAAUGAAGGCUCUGGAGAAGAAAUUUGGUUGUGAUCCUUCGAUGAUGCAGCGGAUUUACGAGCAACUGUGUGACUUCGAACAAAAGGGUUACGUGCGCAAAGUCAGCGAAUCGGAGGUAGCCACUAUCGACCAUAGGAAGACUUGGUUCCUUCCCUUAGGAGUGGUCAUCAACCCGAAGAAACCUGAAAAAAUGCGUCUGAUAUGGGAUGCUGCAGCCAAAGUCGCUGGGGUCUCGUUCAAUUCGUACCUGUUAAAAGGUCCCGAUCUUCUCACACCUCUACCCAGAGUACUCAGCGGCUUCCGACUCUUUCCGAUAGCGGUUUCGGGGGAUAUCAGAGAGAUGUUUCUCCAAAUUAAGUUGCAAGCGAGUGACCGGAGUGCUCAGAUGUUUGUAUUCCGGCGAAAUCCCGAUGAAGCCGUUCAGGUCUACGCCAUAGACGUCACCAUGUUCGGCUCUACCUGCUCUCCAUCUUCUGCCCAGUUCGUGAAGAACGCUAACGCCGAGCAGUAUGCGCAACACUUCCCUCGAGCAGCUGCGGCUAUCCAAGAGCACCACUACGUAGACGACUACUUGGACAGCUUUCGGACAAUCGACGAAGCCGUACGAGUAGUAAACGAUGUCAAGUUCGUCCAUUCCAAGGGCGGGUUUGAAAUUCGUAACUUCUUGUCGAACGAAGACGAAGUUUUAAGACGAACUGGGGAGAUCGAACCAGAUUCUUCCAAAGACUUCGCUCUGGUACGUUCCGAGACGACCGAAUCAGUGCUCGGGAUGAAAUGGAUUCCAGCGGACGACAUCUUCACGUACACCUUUUCAAUCCGUGACGACUUGAAGCCCAUCCUCGAUGCGAACCACAUCCCAACGAAACGUGAAGUUUUGAAGGUGGUUAUGAGCCUUUUCGACCCACUGGGAUUCGUUUCAUUCUUCCUGGUUCAUGGAAAAGUGUUAAUGCAAGAUGUCUGGGCCUCAGGGAUUGAUUGGGAUGAAGAAAUCAACGAGCGACUUUUCCUUAAUUGGCGCCAAUGGGUAAGUUACUUCCCGCAAUUGGACUCGUUGCGUAUCCCUCGCUGUUAUUUCGGCUCUCCGUUUCCUAAAAAGUUCGACCGGAUGGAGCUCCAUGUUCUCGUUGAUGCUAGCGAUUCUGCUUACGCCUGCGUUGCGUAUUACCGACUCGAAACCGACGAUGGCAUUCAAGUUGCGCUGAUUUCCUCAAAAACCAAGGUAGCACCCCUCAAGGUUUUAUCAGUUCCCCGUCUGGAGUUGAAAGCGGCUGUCCUUGGAGUCCGGCUGAUGGAAGCUAUCGAAGGAUACCAUACUUAUUCGAUUAGCCGUCGAGUUCUAUGGAGCGACUCUACUACAGUCUUGGCUUGGAUCCGAUCAGAGCACCGUCGAUAUAACAAGUUCGUUGCCGUUCGUAUUGGUGAGAUUCUCACAGCUACCGACGUCCGGGAGUGGAGAUGGGUCCCCUCUGCAUUGAAUACAGCCGACCUAGCCACUAAGUGGAAAAAUGGACCGGACGUUUCUUCCACUAAUCCUUGGUUCAGUGGACCAUCGUUUUUUCACCAGUCGGAAGUUUUCUGGCCUCAUCAAACGGUGGCCUCCACGACGUGUGAAGAACUACGACCAGUUCACACUCAUUCUACGCCAUCUCUGCUGAUCGAUUCAUCUCGUUUUAGUAGAUGGUCUCGUCUACAGCGAACAAUGGCGUUUGUGCUUCGGUUUGUCGACAACAUCCGCCGUAAACAAAGUGGUGCAUCGCUGCAACUGAACUUCCUCAGUCAGGACGAGCUGGCACGAGCUGAGACAAUCCUGUGGAAGGUCGCACAGGCCGAAGCGUUCCCGGAAGAAAUCGCAAUACUGUCGGAAACUCAAGGUUUACCCGAAGCACGUCACCAUCGCGUCGCUAAAAGUAGCCCGAUCUACAAAAGUUGGCCAUUCCUUGACGAGCAUGGAGUACUGCGACUACGCGGCAGGAUCGGUGCCGCAACCUUCGCAUCAACAGAAGCAAAAUACCCGGCGAUCCUACCAAGGCAACAUCGGAUUACGUUUCUGCUUGUAGAUUGGUACCACCGUCGUUUCCGCCAUGCCAAUCGAGAGACCGUUACAAACGAGAUUCGUCAACGCUUCGAAAUUUCGAAACUACGUGCCCUGGUGGAGAAAGUAAGAAAAGGUUGCAUGAUGUGCCGAAUCAGAAAUGCUCUGCCAUGUCCUCCUGCAAUGGCACCACUCCCUGCGGCCCGACUACAACCUUUCGUUCGGCCAUUCACAUAUGUCGGGGUGGAUUAUUUCGGGCCAGUAUUGGUCAAGGUUGGAAGGAGCCAGGUGAAAAGAUGGGUAGCUUUGUUCACCUGCCUUACCAUUCGCGCGGUUCACCUGGAAGUGGUGCACAGUUUAUCCACCGAGUCUUGCAUCAUGGCGGUGCGACGGUUUGUGGCGCGACGUGGAUAUCCGGUCGAAUUUCACUCGGAUAAUGGGACGUGUUUCCAAGGAGCGAGCAAGGAGUUGGAGAGAACGGAAAUUGAUAAGCGCAACAACGCAAUGGCAACCGCGUUCACGACCGCUAAGACUAAAUGGUUCUUUAUACCCCCAGCGGCACCCCAUAUGGGAGGGGCAUGGGAGCGACUAGUACGAUCCGUAAAGGUAGCCAUUGGAUCCAUAUCAGACGGCCCACGAAAACCAGAUGACGAGGUCCUGGAAACGAUUCUUUUUGAGGCAGAAGCCUUGAUAAAUUCGCGCCCGCUCACCUAUAUUCCGCUUCAGUCAGCGGAUGAAGAAGCCAUUACACCCAACCACUUUCUCCUGGGGACUUCGAGUGGAAAUAAGCUUCCACCAACCGAGCUUGCUGACUCGCCAGCAGUACUACGAAGCAGCUGGAAACUCGCACAGGCUAUGACUCUGCGAUUCUGGACGAGGUGGGUGAAAGAGUAUCUUCCUGUAAUCACUCGAAGAUCGAAGUGGUUCGAAGAGACCCGGGAUAUCGCAGUGGGAGAUUUGGUUUUGGUAGUAGGAGGAACAACCAAAGACCAAUGGACACGAGGACGAAUUGAAGCCGUUAUUCCCGGACGGGACGGAAGAGUUCGCCAGGCCCUGGUCCGUACAGCUGCAGGAGUUCACCGACGGCCGGCGGUUAAGUUGGCAGUCCUUGACGUGAUGGAGAAUGGUGAACCACAAUCGGAAGUCCUUGAGAUGUAGGGACGUAACUAGGGUUCACGGGAGGGGGGAUGUCACGUCACCCCCCUGCAACGGAUCAACUGUGGUCGAUCCGCUGUGGUCAAGCUUUGACUACUACAGCGAUCGAUUGACCAGGCAAAAGUAUAGAAGAAAGAUUAGGCAGAACGUAGAACGAUAGAACCAAAACAAACCGAAGUUGAUAAACAGGCAUUGAAAUCAAAUAGUGCAAAUCAUGUUGAAAAGUCGUCAGCUGAAUUCCUUAUUUUAAAAUUCUAAAAAUCUAGUAUCUAAGCCUAUAAAUAGUUAAAAUUCAAACUUACUCUAAAAUACUUGUCACUUAGUGGUAUAUCGUGCAAUAUUGGCCUUAAUUCUAUAGUACGAAGGUUUGCUCAACAUACACCACGUAAUAUUUAGACAAGAAACUAUAAUUGAAAUCCUUGAAUAGUUUGUAAGUAUAUCUUGUUGUAACUAAAAGUUGUAUACCUAAGAAUUCUUAAACCUACAGUGCACAUACAAGCUGUAGUAAGCCCGAUCUGGUGCGAUAGGACCCUACCGUUUGAAGGUCACCAAAAAUUGUAAGUUGGGCCACAAUAUUGUUUGUAGUGUACUAAUAAAGUUCAUUAGCUUUUAGCUUACCUACCACACACGAACGCGGUUUGCUCAAGAGAGUUUGGGAAACUUUCCACCCCCACAACAAUCUAUUCAAAGUCAAUAAAAUGUUUAAAUAAAGUGAUAAACCAGGUGUCCUAAGGACUGCAUAUCCAAGAGAUAUGGUGGGAUAGGUAUGUAGAGUGCGAUGAGAGGAAUACGAAUGUAGGUCAACCCGGAAAGACGCAGGCCAGAUUACCGUAAAUCAGUGGAUGAGUUCAACACUAUUCUUUCUCCUCUUCUCUCAUGUGAAAUUGCCUUGUACAACAACCGAAUUAAAUGCGAUUUAUCUUUGACAUUUUUAACAUAAGAACUGGACUGGACACUGAAACGACUUCUGAUAUAAGUUCGUUUUCGCUUUUUAACCUAACUUAUAGUUGAAUCGAACUUGACAGUUUUCUCAUGAGUUGUUAUGUACAUAUUUCAUAGUUUAGUCAAACUGGAGCCUCAAUAUUGCAAUAACGGUUAAGCACGCUGUAAUGAUACUUAUGUACCUCGUCACCCACUUAAUGCAACUACAUUAGUGGUCUAAUAACACUUAGCGCGCUAGGCAUAGUUCCAUCAUGCCGCUCAAAGUGUUGCCACAAAUAAUGCUUAGUUUGCAAAACCCAGUUAUCUGGCUGGUGGGACAUGGGAGCCUAAGCUUCAACUGUUAAUGUAAUCAGAGGCUACUCAGACUUAGACGAGUUUAGGUUAGUUUGGCUACACAGAAAAAAAUAUGUAAUUAAAAUUCAGCGAGAAAUCAUGCACAUAAAGGGAAUGCUAGAGUUAGUGCAUAUUUACAUGAGAUAUCAUGUAAAAUUACGUUACAUUCGUGUAAAUUUCCGCCAAUAGUCGCGUAACCGGUUGGAGCCCAUGAUG